AUGACUCUGGAGCCCGCCGAUGCCCGCGCCUCUGUCUGCCAGUCGCAGGUCAGCUCCUGCUACAACGCCUGCGGCUCGGUCGCCUCCACAAUCAAAAACUUUUGCAACGUCCGCACCAUGGGCUGGAACUGCAUGUGCAUGAACCGUGCUGCAGAAAAGGCUGUCGGCGACCACGAGUGGCCAAUCGCCACUGCCGAGUGCCGCGCUGCGCUCAACGCCUGCAACGACUCGUGUGCGGUCAAGCAGGACCCAACCGAAAAGCUGGUGUGCUUCACGUCGUGCACGGCCGACUACCAGUGCAAUACACAGAGUGCGCCAAAGAGCAACCUCAGGGUCCUCAAUGUCAACGACAAGCCAAAGGGAUACCUGCCGCCGGUCGACGACAAGGAGAUCGGCUUGACCAUUGGCAUGAAGUUUGGUCCCAAUGCACCUGGACUCGACUCCAGCUCCCGCAAGCUGCAAAACACAGACGACCCCGCUUCGCUGCCAAAGUUUCCACCUAGCCUCGACGAUGACGAAUCGGCCAAGGACUCCAAGAAGGGCAAGGGAGCGAAGGACACCAAGGCAAAUGACGAGGCGAAUGGUCGCAAUAAGCCCGGCGUUGCCUCCGGCAUCUCCGGCCCCAGGCACAGCGUCGCUCGUUUCACCACAUGUACUUUUAGCUGGCAUUGCUGCCGCCCUCUACGCCCUGCACUAGGUCAUAUCACCACCACCACUGCGACCACAGGUCCACGGGUUGCUCGCUAG